CUACUCUCUUGAAAUUUAGGGUUUCUCAUUUUCUAACUGGUAAAGGUAUCCUCUGUGUUUUCGUUUAACAUUUCAAUCUCUUUCGCAGAAACAGAAAAUCUUCCUGUCAAUUACUAUAUUGAAGAAUGGAAGAUAAAAGAUGUGAGGAAGCCACAAAGGAUUCCCUCGAUAUGAAAUCAAAAAGUGUUUCGGUCCAAAGUGCAGAAAUUGUUGAGAGCAGCCAUUCUUUAAGUAACCUUGCUGUUCCUACUCCAAAGAAAAAUAAAGAAGUAGCCUUACCUUUAGAUGAAGAUGCAGCAGACGACCUUCCUGAAGAUGUAGUACACGAAAACGUAGCAGGCGAAGCUAACGAGGCUGAAGAUGUAGCAGGAAUCCUCCCUGACAAAUACAAGAUUUUAGCUGAGUUUUUUGACCGUAUAGGAAGUUCUGUGAGGUUGCUCGGUCUUUCUAAGAAGAUGCCAACUUUUCAGAAUAUCUGCACUCAGGUGGAAGUAUUUACCAAAAGGAAGUUGUCAUACAACCAUCUUGCACAGAUAAAAUACAUACUUCCUGAAGCUGUUCAGGUCGAUAAGAUUCUUGUUCAUGAUGAGAGGACCCUGUGUAUGAAGCAAGACAUGAAAAUAACAUUACUAUUGGAUGUUGUUGAAGCUGAUCCUGACCAAUCUCCAUAUGCGAUCUUGUGUCAAAUGUUCCACCAAAGGAUGUUAAAGUUCUUUAGAAACCAUCCCGAGGGUUGCGACAUCCCAGAGGCCACAUUACCAGUUCUAAUGAGCCAAAGUCACUCAACUUCUCAAUACAUGUUGCCAGAGGUAGCACGCGUAGAAUCUUAUCCAAGUUCUAAUGAGCUUGAGCCAUCAUCGAGUUCGUCACUUUUGUCUUCAACUUUUAAAAGGCGAUUCUCAGAGAAGAUUAUUGUCCCAGAAACUGAAAAGACAAAGCUCUUAGCAUCUCGGUACCCUUUUUCACCUUUGGAGCCUGGUGAUGUGAUUAAUCAAGAUCGUGAAGGCCCUCUACAGAAGGAAGGCUUGUCUCAAGUUAUUGAAACCACAACCCCUAUGUCGUUAUUGAGUUCGAAGGAGUAUGAAAGCUCUCCUAUGAAGUCUAUUUCUGGUCCAAAUCAACUGAUGUUAGUGACGCCGACGCAGUCAGACCCACAAAGAAGAACAGUGCCUGACUCUGAUGAAAAGGUUAUCUGCCAGUCUAACAUUUCAAGCCAUUCCGUUGCAAAGAAGUCAUUGAACUUCCUCUCACCACUGAAGGGGGAUGAAAUUGCUUCUGGCUCCAUGCUUGACGAGUCUAAGCAUUACAGAGAUAGUUCUCUGAAACCUGCAGCAGCAAAAAGGAUUCUUAUGGUAGAUGAUGUCACAGGACCUCCUUGUCCCCUAAUUCAGGCGGAGUUCUUACAUUUAAAGGAUAAGGAGGAGAUGAUUGGCGGCAAAUUGAGUCGAACCGUAUCUUUGCCUGAUCUCUUUAAUCUGAUAUACCACAUCUUCCAAUCAGCCAAGUACUCCUCAAUCACGAAACAGGAGCUUGUGCACAAGAUUAUCUCAGAAGAUGUCUUGAUCGAGGAAACAAAAGAAGCUGAAGAGCAGCUUGAUUUGUUAGAAGAGUUGGUUCCAGAUUGGAUUCAGAAGAAACUAGUACCUAGUGGGGAUCUGCUGUACAGUAUUACGAAAGUAUCAGAUUUGGACUCAAUUCGUGCAAGGCUUGUGGAAGCUGUGUAAAGAAUGUGAUGAAGGUAUUUUAGUGUCAAUUACUUAACAUCUGACUUGGGACGGGAAAUUACAAUGAAAGAGUCGGGAAAUUUACCAUGGUGGGAAAUUGCAGAUUUCGAAGUGUCCUUGGUCAAAAUUUUGCAAAUUUUAGGCCAUUUUAUUAGUAAACAAACUCAACUGUCUUUCUUUACAACUAUGUUUGCAUUAGUACUUGUCUGUCAGUCCAUGUGUCAGUCUGGUUGUGUGUCGGUGAGUGGUCGUGCUCUUCCAGUUUGUCUUCUCUCUAUUGCCCUAGUGUGUUUGUAAGAAAUAGAGAGAAAUGUUCUCUUUGCAAGGACAGGUUAGUACUUCAUUAAUGAAAGGGAGGUUAUCAGGUACAAAUAUGGUAUCAGAAGGUUUGUCUUCCGUUGUAAAUCACCAUUAAUGGUGAUCAAUCUUAGAUUUCACUAAUUUGUUUUUCAA